AUGGACCAUCAUGAUUUAGACGAUAUUUAUGGGUUCCUCCCGCAGAAUCUCCAAGGAGGUGUAAUGCAAGGCUCGGAUGGUAUGCAGCAGGCUCUUCGUCAUCCGAGCAUAGUAGGAACUAGUAUGGAUGGCCUUGCAGGAACAAUAGGUCCCGUUUUGGAUGACAGCUUGGAUCCGACAGCUGGUCUGCUUCAACCCAGCGAUGUCGAAGACGCUAUGAUGGAGGAAAGCAUGCAAGAACUCAGAAGGCAGAGUAUGGCAGGGUUUUCUCUUAGCUUUGUCGACUAUGCCGGGCUUGACUCCCAGCAAGGACUCGACCUUGGUCUUCAACCUUUAAAUACUGCGGGUCUCCCGCUUGGAAAUACAUUCGACUCUCCAAUGUUUAUUUCACCUCAGGCAGAUGCUACUGGGGGUCUGUUAGACAUGGCUGCUUAUAACGAAGGAUUAAUCAUGCCUCCCCAAAUGCAAAAUUUCGACCCAUCCCUGCCUCCACAGAUAACCAGUCGACAUAACUCCAUGGUGGAUUCAAUGGAUACAAGCGUAGUCGUGCCCUUACCCCCACAGCCCGAAGCAGUUAUACCGGAUAGUAUAGAACCGGCAGUACCGACUUUACCCCACACCACUCAGAAUACCCGCCAAACCGCCCCAUUCAACACUAUGAACAUAAAGAUGGAAAACAUCUAUUCUUCAAGUGGAUUCGACAUGGUCGGAGUUCUUAUGCGAGUCGCGACAAGACCAAACCCGAAGAUUAAUAUUGGAGCUGUCGAUAUGUCUUGCGCUUUUGUAGUAUGCGACGCUAGAAAAUACGACAUGCCGAUUGUCUACUGUAGCGCAACUUUUGAGCGACUUACCGGAUAUACUAAGCAUGAAAUUCUCGGAAGAAACUGCCGGUUUCUACAGUCUCCUACCGGGGAUGUCGAGAAAGGUGCAAAGCGGAAGUACGUCGAUGAAGAAUCGGUCAGAUAUCUCAAACAGCAAUGUGAAGAUCUGGACGAAGCCCAAGUUUCCCUUAUCAACUAUCGGAAAGGAGGCCAGCCCUUUAUGAAUCUAUUGACAACUAUUCCGAUCUCCUGGGAUACUGAUGACAUUGUUUAUAUCGUUGGUUUCCAGGUUGACUUGGUUGACCACCCUGGAUCCAUAAUGAAUAAAAACAGGGACGGCACAAUUCAAAUCAACUACCAACAUAGAGAGCCCCCAAGUUACUGUUUGCAGCCACCUCCAGAGUCAAGGGCACAGGCUCCCGGAACAACUAUCAGUAAAGAGGAUGUUUCGCGGGUCUUACAAUCUCUUGGGGGCGUUGACUCGGAUAUGGCGAGGAGACUAUGGGAUAAGAUCUUAUUGGAAAAUACGGAUGACGUGGUACAUGUACUCUCUCUCAAGGGCCUUUUCAUGUACUGCUCUCCCUCCAUACAGUCAGUGCUAGAGUACGAUCCAUCGGAAUUGGUUGGAACCGCACUGUCAUCUGUUUGUCAUCCCAGCGAUAUCGUACCAGUCACAAGGGACUUGAAAGACACUUCGACUGGAUCUAUGGUAAAUAUCGUAUUCAGAAUUCGUCGGAAAUACAGCGGCUAUGUUUGGUUUGAAAGCCAUGGUUCGCUACACAUUGAACAGGGAAAGGGCCGUAAGUGUAUCAUCUUGGUGGGUAGGGAGAGACCAGUUUAUAAGCUACCCUGGAAAGAGGUCCAAGCAAACGGCGGGAUCGGCGAGAAUGAGAUGUGGACAAAAUUGUCUACCAGUGGGAUGUUUCUCUUCGUCCCAAGCCACGCAAAACCGCUCCUUGACAGAAGUCCUGAAGAACUUAUCGGUACUAGCCUACAGCACUUGAUGCGCCCGGACUCGCGGCUUGAAGUAAGCAAAGCUCUAGACUCCACUCGAACCGGUAAGAAAAUUACGGUUAAGCACGAGCUGCAGAAUCGGAGGGGGCAGUUCUUACAGGCCGUUACGACUUUUUUCCCAGACGUCGAAGAAGGGCACAGGAAACCAACUUUCCUAAUCGCACAGACAAAAUUAGUGAAGCACUCUAGGCAUUCCACCAGCAGCACACGGGGGGCUCUCAGCGACGCAGGAAGCCUCACACCCCAAAACCCGACUCCCUCUUGGUCAGGCACAUCAGCACCGUCUCCACUAGAUCGAACCUCACUCCCCAGUCUCCCUGAGAAUCCCUCGGCUAGUACCGAGGACUCAAGUGCCCCAAAAGACUCGAAUUCCAAAGACGAGGACGAGAAUUUGUUUGAUGAAUUAAAGACAACGAGAAGCAGCAGCUGGCAGUUCGAAUUACGGCAAAUGCAAAGGACGAACAAGCGACUUAGCGAAGAAUGUGCUGCCCUCUUGCAAAUGAAAAAGCGGCGGAAGAGGAAGAAGGGGGCAGACGCCCUGGAAAAGGAUUGCGCCAAUUGUCAUACAAAAACUACACCGGAAUGGAGGAGGGGGCCGUCGGGGAAACGCGAUCUUUGUAACAGUUGCGGCCUUCGAUAUGCUAAACUUGUUGGACGAGUUUCCCCAAGGAAUACUCAAGGAUCGAAUUCUAAUCUCGGGGAGCCACAACCAAUGGACACCAGCAAUCCCGACGGGCCAUCACCUGCUCCAGAAGGGCCAGUAUCCCGCAACAAUUCCGGGGCCGAGCAAACAAGUACAGCUGAGGAGAAUACAUCAUCGUCCGAGCAUCCUACCCCGGGGGAUGGCCAAAAUCAAGGUGCUGUUUUAUCUCCCGGGGCAUCCGGGAGGUAA